UUAAAAUUUAAUAUUCACCAAACUACAUUUAUGGGUUCAUGAAACUGUUUCACUGCUAAGCGAAUUAUUGUUUCCAAUUCUCCUUCAGAACCAAUUAUUGAUGAGAAAAGUGGCAAAAAGAAACCUAAAAAACGACAAUCCACCAACAAAGGCAUCAGAAGGAUAAAAACAUUUCAAAAUCAGAUCGAAGGGAGUGGGAAGGUCAAAACCGAUGAUUUGAACACAACUGAUUUUCCAGAAAGUCUUGUUUGAGAAUUUAAAGACGCUAAAACUAAUGCAAGGAAAACACUUAAUGGAACUUCUGAGGGUAGGGAAUACAAAAGAGCAAAGACCUCUAAAUUUGCGCCUAAAACUCACAAAGACAUGCUUCGUUCUAUGCCUCCACUCAUGCAAGAGUUUGUAGUGCGCUCCUAAAUACUAAACACAAUUUUCAC